UAAAACCCAUUGCUAUAAAACCUAGCUCGCCUCCCUGUGUUAUUCUCUCCUUCAAGCGCUGCUCCAACUGAUUUCAGGAUUUUCAGCAUUCACGCUCCAAUUUAUGUUUCCAGAUCUGGUGCUGAAUUUUGUCUUUGAUAGUUUCCAUCAGGUUUUGAUUAAAUCAUAGUGUGACCAUGGCAACCUUCGCGAAGCCAGAGAAUGCUUUGAAGCGGGCUGAGGAGUUGAUUAAUGUGGGUCAAAAGCAAGCUGCCUUACAAGCGCUCCAUGAUCUCAUCACUUCAAAGCGUUACAGGGCUUGGCAAAAGACCCUUGAAAAAAUUAUGUUUAAAUAUGUUGAAUUAUGUGUUGAUAUGCGGAAAGGAAGAUAUGCAAAAGAUGGUCUUAUCCAAUACCGCAUUGUUUGUCAGCAAGUAAAUGUUAGCUCACUGGAGGAGGUUAUAAAAUACUUUAUGCAUCUUGCGACUGAGAAAGCGGAGCAAGCUCGGAACGAAGCACAAGCUUUGGAAGAUGCACUGGAUGUAGAAGAUUUGGAAGCAGAUAAGAGACCUGAAGAUUUGAUGCUCAGUUACGUAAGUGGAGAGAAAGGUAAAGAUAGAUCUGACAGGGAGCUUGUGACCCCAUGGUUUAAAUUUUUGUGGGAGACCUACAGAACAGUGCUUGAAAUUCUAAGGAACAAUUCUAAGCUGGAAGCUUUGUAUGCUAUGACAGCACACCGAGCAUUUCAGUUUUGCAAGCAAUAUAAGAGGACAACUGAAUUUCGUAGAUUAUGCGAGAUUAUACGGAACCAUCUAGCUAAUUUAAACAAGUACCGUGAUCAAAGGGACCGGCCUGAUUUGACCGCACCUGAAAGUUUGCAAAUUUACCUGGAUACCAGAGUUGAUCAGCUAAAAAUAGCAACUGAUCUGGAAUUAUGGCAGGAAGCCUUCCGUUCCGUGGAGGACAUUCAUGGCUUAAUGAGCAUGGUGAAAAAACAUCCAAAACCUUCCUUGAUGGUUAUAUACUAUGCUAAGUUAACCGAAAUAUUCCGGGUCUCAGAGAGUCAUCUUUACCAUGCAUAUGCUUGGCUUAAGCUCUUUACCCUACAGAAAAGCUACAAUAAGAACUUAACCCAAAAGGAUUUGCAAUUAAUAGCAUCCUCUGUUUUGCUGUCUGCAUUGUCAGUGACCCCAUAUGAUCAUCAUUGUGGUUCUUCCCAUUUGGAAGUUGAAAAUGAAAAAGAGCGCAACUUGAGGAUGGCUAGUCUAAUUGGUUUUAAUAUUGAUCCCAGAAAAGAUGCUAGAGAAGUGUUGUCACGGGAAGCACUCCUUUCAGAAUUGUCUUCUAAGGGUGUGAUGGCAUGUGCAUCCCAAGAUGUGAAGGACCUUUAUUGUCUCCUUGAAAAUGAAUUCCUGCCGCUUGAUCUCGCUGCAAAAGUUCAGCCCCUUCUAACAAAAAUUUCUAAACUCGGGGGAAAGCUUGUGUCAGUUUCUUCUGUCCCUGAGGUGCAACUGACUCAGUACAUCCCUGCGUUGGAAAAUCUUUGUGCUUUAAGAGUUUUACAGCAGGUUUCAAAAGUAUACCAUUCAAUGAAAAUUGAGACACUUUCCAAGAUGAUCCCAUUCAUGGAUUUCUCUGUGGUUGAAAAAAUUUCCGUUGAUGCUGUAAAGUAUAAAUUUGUUGCUAUGGACAUUAAUCAUCAGAAGGGUGCAGUUACAUUUGGUAAUGAGGACAUUGAAUCUGAAGAGCUUUGCGAUCACCUCAUGGUGCUGACUGAUUCUCUUAAUAAAGCAAGGGGCCUCAUUUAUCCCCCAUUGAAUAAGCAAUCAAGAUUAGGUGAAAGCCUUUACGGUUUAGCAGAUAUAGUUGAGAAGGAGCAUAAAAGGCUUCUUGCAAGAAAAUCUAUCAUUGAGAAACGCAAGGAAGAACAUGAACGGCAGAUGCUUGAAAAGGAAAGGGAAGAAGAAUCGAGAAGGCUAAAACAACAGAAAACAACUGAGGAGGCUGAGCAGAGGCGACUUGCUGCUGAAUAUACACGCAGAGAGGAGCAGAGAAUUCGUAGAGAAAUUGAGGAAAGAGAACUUCAAGAAGCUCAGGCAUUGCUUCUGCAAUCAGAGAAAGGACCUAAGAAGAAGGGUAAAAGGCCUGUGCUCGAGGGGGAGAAGGUUACAAAACAGGCUCUUAUUGAGAUGGCUUUGAGUGAACAACUCAAGGAACGUCAAGAAAUGGAGAAGAAACUGCAGAGGCUUGCAAAAACUAUGGAUUACAUGGAAAGAGCAAAGAGGGAGGAGGAGGCUCCUCUUAUUGAGCAGGCUUUUGAUCAGCGUUUGGAGGAGGAAAAACAAAUUCAUGAACUCGAACAACUGAAAGAGAUCGAGCUCAGUAGGCAGCAUCACGCUGGAGAUAUCCAAGAAAAGAAUAGGCUAGCUCGGAUUUUAGACAACAAGGUUAUUUUCCAGAGAAGAAUAGAAGGUCGUCGUGAGGCAGAAUACACACGCCUGAAAGAAGAAAGAGAGUAUCGUAUCAACCAACAGAAAGCAAUGAGAGAACGUGAUAUAGAGAUGAAGCGGAAGCUUCUCUACUACAUUAAAACCGAGGAAGAGAGGCUGAGCAAGAUUCAAGCAGAGGAAGAAGCUCGAAAGCGUGAAGAAGAAGAAAGACGGAAGAAGGAAGAAGCUGAGCGUAAGGCAAAACUUGAUGAAAUUGCAGAAAAGCAGAGGCAAAGAGAGGAGGAGUUGGAAGAGAAGGAGAGGUUGAGAAAGGAAGCCUUACGUGGAAGGAAUUUAGAUCCUUUGCCAAGGCCAGCUGACUCUGGUACUGGUCUGCGUUCUGUGGAGCCUCCUCCUGCUGCUGCUGCUGCAGCAGCUGCGGCGCCGCCAUCUGCUGGUAAGUAUGUCCCCCGGUUUCGCCGUGAGGGCGCAGCAGCUCCUCCGGCCGAACCUGAUAAGCGGCACGGGCAUGAUGAUCGUCCUGCACAGACUAGCGACAGAUGGCGGAGUGAUGAUCGUGAUCGUCGAUCCUCAUUCACUGGAUCAAGAUUACCUUCCUCGUCUACUUCUUGGUCGUCAUCGAGGACACGGGGUUGAUGCGUAUUGCAUGGUGAACUGCUGAUCAAAUCUGGGGCUAAACUUUAUUUGCUGUGCUCUCAGUUUUACAGCUACUGCUGGAUGGAUCAGGCAUGGUGCAUUUUGCUGAAACACCAGAGAAAAUUUUGAGAAUUUCUGCUGCCCUUGAUCCGUUUCCUGUGUAAUUUUGUUUCAUUUGAUUUCUAAGAGUUAUAAGGGCAACAUUCUUGAUUAGUUAUCCUUGGAGUGUGGGAAAUGGACAGAAGAUUAUAAUUAUUUUUGCGGUUUUAUUGGGACUGGGCAAGUUUAAUCUCAAAUUCACAUAGAACUUAACUGUGUUCUAUGUGAAUUUAAACGUUUUUAACGUUAUGAAUGUUGAUUUUAGGAGUUAUGAAGAUGGACUAUUUGUUAUCAAAUCACAAUAGAAUCUUCGUUCAGGCUCU